AUGAUACUAUUCACAGGAUCUUGUCAAAUGAAGCAGUUCGUUAGGGGAAAACCCAAUCCAGAGGGAUUGAAAAAUGUUGUUGUUGCUGCUCCUGGUGGUCUUGUCCUAGACUUUGAACUAUAUCAAGGCAAAAAUACGUUUCCAGAUGAUUCUGUAAAACGACUUGGUGUUGGACUUCUGCUGUUGCUCGUCUUGGAAGAACAUUAUUUCCUGGAACUCAUGUGUAUUGCGAUAGAUAUUUUACGACAAUACCACUUCUUGAAUAUCUUCGCCAACAAAAAAAUAUUGUACUACGAUUAUGAAAUCUCGUGUACCAACGGCAGCACAUUUAACUUCAGACAAAAUGAUGACCAAGAUAGGUAG